AUGAGAUCCCUGCAUCGCCUCCAACUGUUGCAGAAUACAUCUGCUAGGAUCAUUACAGGAACAAAGAAAUUUGAGCACAUCACACCGAUUCAACAAGAACUUCGCUGGCUACCUGUUUCUUUCAGGAGCAUUUUCAAGAUUUUGCUCAUUGCUUUUAAGACUCUGAGAGAUGAAGGUCCUGGGUAUAUUCGUGAAAUGCUUCUAUGGUACGUGCCAUCGCGAACUCUCCGCUCUGGUACUGACAAACUUCUGCUUGUUGAGUCCAGGUCUACACUUUCAUGGGGUGAUCGAUCAUUUGCUGUUGCGGCUCCACGCCUUUAG